AUGGCUCCAGGUGCCUCGAAGAAGACAUGGGGCAGCGUGGAGGUGGCCCUGGCUGACCUCUGUGCCAUCCUGCUCUGCUGUGGGCCCAUGCUGACCUGCUGCCGCAGGGUGACCAUCUUCCCAGAAGUGUUAACUCUUCCUGAAGGUGACAAAGCCACCUUCUUCUGCAAUAUCUCCAUGGAUAACGACUCUGGUUCAGAGUACAGCCUCAAUUGGUACAAGGAGAUUAACCACAGCCGAGCCCAAAAAACUGCUGAGAUCAGCCGAUACAAGCCCAUGACGGAGACAGAGAAGUACCGGCUCAUCAACCACACUCCUGUCUUUGAGAUUGAGAUCCUAAAUCUCCACCAGAAUGACUCAGGCUCCUACUACUGUGGAUUGAUCACCUUCUUUGAGCCCGAUAAAGUGAUGGAGAGCAGCCGGUCCCAGCUGAUAGUCACAGCAGCCCCCCAGAUGAAUGCCACUGACGAGCCGGAGAUGGAGGAAGGCAGCCCCUCAGAACACGUCAAGGCCAUGCUCCUGGGCAUCCUCCUGCUGGCUGGAGUGGUUGUGCUGCUGAUCUUCGGCUGCCUCACCUUAAUGUACAGGAGAGGAGAUGUGCAGAAACCACAUAGUGAAAACAUGCCAGAGGAAGAGAAGCCCCCCGUGGUGUCUGUAUCCACUGUGGACUAUGGUGUGCUGGAGUUCCAGAGGGACCAGCACACCCCGGUGCCCCUCAAGACUUGGCCAGUUGAGCAGACUGAAUACGCCACCAUCAUCUUCCCUGAGGAGAAACCUGUCACACCAGAGCGUGGCAAGAAACACCUGGAUGAGAGGACUCGAGAGCCCUGCUGA